CACUUUAACCUCGCCUUCUUCUCCGCACUGCCCCCGUCUCUCUCGCUCCGUCUCUCCCAACUCCAAUUCCCUUCCGUAGAGGAUUCGGCUCUCGAAUCCCAGCGAUUUUUCUCGGUGAUUAGGCGAUUCUUGUCGGGAAUUUUGGUCUCGCGGUGGCAAAUUCACGUUCGACGACGGGAUUUGAGCUGUUCUUGCCGGAACUGUGGUACGUGAUUGGGGGGAUUUGGGGGACUUGGGGGUAGAUUUUGGGAAAGUCUUCCUCUUUCUUAUCGGGAAGGGGAAGAGAUGAGGGGGAUUCAUAGUAGCGUGGAGACCGUGAAUGCCGCGGCGGCGGCCAUCGUCUCUGCUGAAAGCCGGGUUCAGCAGGUCGCCGUUCCGAGGAAAAGAUGGACUGCCUGGCUCAGUGUGUAUUGGUGCUUUGGUUCUCAUGGAAAUGGCAGGCGCAUCAGCCACGCAGUCCUUGUUCCUGAACCAGCAUUUUCUGUGUCAGAUGCCUCUGCACGUAGUAAUCCAAGCCAUCCACCUGAAGUGAGACUUCCAUUUAUUGCACCUCCUUCUUCUCCAGCAUCCUUUCUGCCAUCAGGUAUCCCAUCUGCAACACAAUCACCUGCAGGUCCGGUAUCUCUUUCUGCUUUGUCACGAAGUUCCUAUUCUCCAAGUGGCCCAGCUUCCAUCUUUGCUAUUGGGCCCUAUGCAAAUGAGACCCAAUUAGUUUCACCCCCUGUCUUUUCCACCUUCACAACUGAACCUUCGACUGCUCCACUUACUCCCCCACCAGAACCUUUCCAUCUCACAACCCCUUCAUCGCCUGAGGUACCAUUUGCCAAACUGUUGACUUCUUCCAUCGAUGCUAACUGUAAGAAGAGUGAAGCGUAUGAGUUUCAAUCCUACCAGUUUUAUCCUGGAAGCCCAAUAGGUUGCCUCAUAUCACCAAGUUCGGCUUGCUCGGGUACUUCAUCGCCUUUCCCUGAUCCUGAAUUCUAUUCCUCUGCUGCUGGCUCCUUCCAAUCAUUCCUUAUUGGUGAACCACCAAAAAUCUUAAGUGCUGAAGGAAUUGCUGCACGGAAACUUAUACCCCGACAUGCUCGAAAUGAUGGAUCACUUUUGGAUGGUCAGAUAUCAGCAGCUGCAUCAGUAGUGGACCCUGCUAUUGUGCCUAAGAUUAAUGAACACACAAUGGAUCACAGGGUAUCAUUUGAGUUAACCGCAGAAGAGUUUGCACGGCGCUUGGAAAAGAAAGUAGCAAUGUCAGGUGAAGGUAAAUUAGAAAUAUUGACUGCAAGAAAUGACAAAGCCAAUCCUUCUUUAGGAACCGAUAACAGCAGCAGAAUCAGCAUUGAUGAUACCUACCAUGACUUGCCCGAGAAAGCUCAGCCUCUUGUUACUCCAGCUAAAGAAUUCAAAUUUGAUAAUUCAGAUGGUGUUGCUUCGGAGCCUAAUGUUGGUUCAGACUGGUGGGCCAAUGAGAAGGUCGCUGGCACGGCAACUGAACAUCGGAAGAGCUGGGCAUUUUUCCCAAUGAUACAACCAGGGGUAAGCUGAUUGGUAAUUUUGCUUUGCUUCAUGUACAUCAGGGAAGGAUCGUCAACUGUUAAUUAGGUCCAUUAUCAGUCACGAGAGACAGACAUGUUGGGGAUCAUGAUCCACCUGUGAAUAUCUUUGUUUGGGUAAACAGUGAAGCAUGAUAAUUGGCUAUAUGAACUUGAUUUCGAGACAAUACUGAUGGUCUUAUCUCACCUGCAUUGGACAGAAAUAAAGAGAGGAUUUCACGCUCUUGAUCUGUAUUAACCGUUGUUACACUUAAAUAGUCUACUUGCCUUCUUGCUGACUAAUAAUCAGAAACAAAAGUCCUUUGUAACAUAUUUCAUGAACUCAUAUAGUAUGUUCAAAACCUUUUUCUAAGUGCCUUUAUGUAUCUGAUCCAAUUU